UUUCUGCAGUUUUCUUUUUUUGGGGUGGUUUCGUUUCGCUAAGCGCCAAUGAAAAUUAAGCGACACACCACAUCACGCAAGAUUUUCCCAUUUUCAUACGCAAAAAUAAAAACCCAUCUGUUUCGUGUAUCGUGGUGAAGGAAGCUAAAGAAGAGCUUUUCCUUCCAGUUGCAAGUGCAAAAAUGUGCAGUGUGCAUAAAGUGCAAAUGUUUGCACUUUGUUGCGACGAUCGAGCAUGAUUUAAUGUGCGAAACGUGUCAUAUAGACGGAUGGACGACAAAAAAACGGUGAGGUGGACGACGUCCAACGGGACGGGUUUCAUUUCCAGAAGCAGCUGCCUGACGUCAUUUAGUGCUGGACGAAGAAGAACUUUCGAGUGUAAAAUAAAUAUAAUUUGGGAAGGAAGCUUAUGAGUAUAGACAAGGGAUGGUCAUCCAAUUAUCACACACAUGGGAAAAAGGAGAACAUAGCAGGCUACGGUUCAGACGAGAUUUGAACCUAGUUGUUGUGUACUGUCCGUACAAUUUGUUGAAAAAAAAACAAAUGCCCUUUCUUAAAAAAAACACUAAAUUGAAGCUUUUCAAAUCUGGUCAAAAUUGUUGAAUAAUGUCAGGAGAACAGUUACAUCAAGUCACGUGCACGAUCAAAUCACGGCCAGCAUACACUGAUGCCCGUUUGUACUACUUGUUUCCAAUUAAAUGUGAAGCAACUCAAGCCUGAAACGAGCUCCUCCUAUCCUAUCACAAAUUGAUUUGCUUCAUUGCUGUCGUUAAAUUUCAAUCAAACGCAUCAAAGCUUUACCUCGACCCAGAGCAAAUUAAAGCUGGUUCCAGUGUUGGUAUUAAGGUUCCUUUGGGAGAAUCUUACAGCAAACACCCCAUUCCAAUUCAUUCCAAUUAACCGACUGUUGUGUGUAACCAGAGAGGACUAUCAUGCGUGAAAAUAAGUUCCGUGCAAAUGUGUUAGCAACCUACCGGCCUACUUAGAAACAGAAACAGAGCAAAUCAAAACCCACUGUUCCAAGCAAGAUCAACCCCAUUCAUGCGAGCGUCUUGGCCGGUGGUAACCUUCGGUUCGUUUCGACUUAUCAUUUCGCUCCGGAAUCACUCGCUUCCGGUGGCAAAUAUCCAAUAGUGUUGCAGUAUCCACAGUGCCUCCGUUUUCUGCGUUUUUAUUAUUUAUUUUCCGUGUGUGUGUGUAUGUGUAUGAGUGAAAGUUAGUAAAAACAAAUAACGGAUCAGAUAUAUCGACAAGAAAUCCUACCGACACCGUGCAAGGCUGGCCAGAGACGCGAGAAGUUGUUCAGCGCAAAACCCACCGGCCAUUAAUCAUCGUGCGAAAAGUUAGAGAAGGCUGCUGUAGGGCCCAAGUGCCAGGAUGAAUGCCUCCGAUCAUGGGUUCAAUCCAGCGUUUAACAUGGCCACCAUACGGCAAGCCAUCAACGAAACGAUAGAACGAGUACGGAUUCCAACGCCAACCCGCCUGCGAGAUCUUAUCCGACAGAUCCGUGCCGCCCGGACGGCGGCCGAAGAGCGUGCCGUGGUGAACCGCGAGUGCGCCUACAUCCGUAGCACAUUCCGGGAGGAAGAUUCGGUGUGGCGAUGUCGCAACAUUGCCAAGCUGCUGUACAUACACAUGCUCGGCUAUCCGGCCCAUUUCGGCCAGCUCGAGUGCCUCAAGCUGACGGCCAGUCCGCGAUUCACCGACAAACGCAUUGGCUAUCUCGGUGCGAUGCUGCUGCUGGACGAACGGCAGGACGUGCAUCUGCUGAUUACCAACUGUCUCAAGAAUGACCUCAACAGUCCGACACAGUUCGUGGUGGGGUUGGCACUCUGUACGCUCGGUGCGAUCGCCUCACCGGAAAUGGCCCGGGAUUUGGCGGGCGAGGUAGAAAAGCUAAUGCGCUCACCGAACGCAUACAUCCGGAAAAAGGCUGCCCUGUGUGCGUUCCGGAUCAUCAAGCGGGUGCCGGAGUUGAUGGAAAUUUUCCUUCCGGCUACCCGGUCGCUGCUGAACGAGAAAAAUCACGGUAUUCUCAUCGCUGGCGUUACCCUCAUUACGGAGAUGUGUGAAAAAAGUUCCGACACCUUGAAUCACUUUAAAAAGGAUAGUGGAAAUCAAGAGAUUGUGCCGAAUCUGGUACGAAUCCUGAAAAAUCUGAUCCUGGCCGGAUAUUCGCCGGAGCACGACGUGAGCGGCGUUAGUGAUCCAUUCCUUCAGGUAAAAAUCCUUCGUCUGCUAAGAAUUCUUGGACACAACGAUCCGGAUGCAUCGGAGGCAAUGAAUGACAUACUGGCACAGGUGGCAACCAAUACGGAAACGAGCAAAAACGUUGGCAACACCAUCCUUUACGAGACGGUGCUUUCCAUUAUGGAUAUUAAAUCCGAAGGUGGCCUUCGUGUGCUGGCCGUCAACAUUCUUGGCCGGUUCUUGCUGAACAGUGACAAAAACAUACGAUACGUGGCGCUUAACACACUGCUCCGGACGGUACAUGCGGACAUUUCGGCUGUGCAGCGUCACCGUAGCACGAUACUAGAAUGUUUGAAGGAUCCGGACGUUUCGAUUCGGAGGCGCGCGAUGGAACUAUCGUUUGCGCUAAUCAACUCCCAGAACAUACGGGCAAUGUCUAAGGAGUUGCUCGUAUUUCUCGAGAAAGCUGACCCAGAGUUUAAGGCACAGUGCAGCAGCCGUAUGGUGCACGUAGCGGAACGAUACGCCACUUCCAUUCGCUGGCGGUUAGAUACGCUACUGAGCGUACUGAUAGCGGCUGGCAACUACGUGCGAGAUGAUGUGGUAUCUUCGACGAUUCAUCUCAUUCUUAAUAGUCCACCGGAGGAGCAAGCGUACAUCGGAUUGCGGCUCUGGAGCUCGGUACACAAUGUGGCCAAUUCGGAGGAGAAACAGCCACUGCUGCAGGUGGCGGUAUGGACGAUUGGCGAGUACGGUGAUUUGGUGCUCAGUUCCGAACGGAUCGAAGAUGUUGAACUCCCUGCAGAACAUCAGCUCGUCGAUGUGUAUCAGCGGCUGCUCUGGUCUACCUCGGUUUCAACGACGACGAAACAGUACGCGCUGGUAUCACUGGCCAAGCUAAGCACACGCAUCCGUUCGAAGGAAGAGGAAACGCGUGUGAAGCAAAUGAUUGAAGCGUUCGGUUCCCAUCUGAACAUCGAUCUGCAACAGCGCGGUGUAGAAUUUGCUCAGCUGUUCCGCGAUUACAGCCAUCUGCGACCGGCGCUGCUGGAAAAAAUGCCCAAAAUACAGAAAACACUUCCAAACGGUACGGACGUGGAAGGUGGAAAUGCAUUUGACGAUCCGCAACCGAGUAUCGAUCUGAUCGAAGGUGGUGAUGAUGGGGAUUCCGCGUUAAUGAUCAACACAACGAGCGGUAUGGUUGGAAAGAUUGGAUCCGACUCGCGCGCACUGCUCGAUCUGCUCGGCGGAGGUGACGAUCCGAUCGAUGGGCUUGGAUUACCUCCGGCUGCUGAUGUACUGAUUUCCGGCAGUACAACGACCACCACCAACGGUAAACCAGCGGUCGGUGGCAGUCUACCGACCGGGACCGGCAACAAUCAGGAUCUGCUCGAUCUGCUCGGCAGCUUAGAUAUGCCGGCGAGUACACCACCGGCCGCCGUAAAUUCAUCGCUCGGUGCAAACACACCGCUCGGCAUUGGUGGUAUCGGGCUCGAUCUGAACAGUCUCAACGACAAUAGCAUUAAGAACGGUACCAGCGGACCAAACCUGUUGGCCAACUCUUCCUCCUUCGGUGGCCUCGAUAAUUUGCUAAAUUCCAAUCUCUCACCGACAAUGCCAACGACAAUGUCCCCGGUACUGUCGGGUAUGGGAUCACCGUUGGCAGGGCUGGGAAGCCUUACCAGUCCCACAUCGCCUACGGCAAUCGUGAGCAACACCACGAACGGUAGCAACAGCUUGUUCAGCGACUUUUCGGCGGCAGCCAUUAACAAUAAUGAUGAACAUGCGAAGCUACUAACGGCACUGGAUAAAAAUGGCAUCCUGGUGCAACUGUCCGCGAAGCAUACCGGCGGUGCAUUGCAGAUUCUCAUGACGGCAACCAACAAUUCACUCACCACCCUCGAACAGUAUCUAUUCCAGGCGGCCGUUCCGAGAAGUUUCUCCUUGCAGAUGCUUUCUCCUUCCGGUUCCACGUUACCGCCCGGUGGGACGAUAACGCAGGAAAUGCGUGUCACUAGCACGGCUAAGGCAACGCUAAGGAUGCGCCUACGAAUAUCGUACCAAUCGGACGGUAAUCCAGUGCAGGAACAAACCGAAGUGUCUGGCUUUCCGGAAGAACCUACCGAAUGAGACCUAAAUGAAAACCGGCCCGAUACAUCAGAACCGGCACUGCAGCACACCCGAUCGGCAGCUACGCUACAGUUGCUGCCUGCAAGCGUUUGAACAACAGAAAAUCAGUAAAGUAUUCUCUCUCCAUUUUGCAGUAGGCGCGUUGCCAAACAAAGAAAAAAACAAAUCCCCAUUUCCGAGGACGGGGGGGAUGGGAUACGAGAGUGUGCGCGUCUUUCAUAUAUUCAAGAGCUUAAUUUAUGUUAUUGUGUUAUUUGAUGCGAAGCGUUUGCAGUCCGAUGCAAGUGCUUCGUGCUAGGAUUUUUGAAUUGUAUAGAUUUGUAAUAGCUUUAUACGAAAGGUUUUAUCUCUCAUUAUCUACUUCCAUCCAUCAAUUUUACGUUUUAGGUUCGACGCAAUACUAUUUUUUUUUGUUUCUUCUUUUUAAUAUGCUAAAAAGGAUAAGGCAAUGCAUGAAUAUGUGUUUUCCGCGCGUGUAAAGAUGUAACCUUAAGCUAAGCUCCGUAAAGGCCACUCUACUAUUCACCUACUUCCUGGUAUGAAAUUAAACCAUUUAGAAAGCAAUUUAGAACAAAUGAACAGCAAAAACACGAUACGGUUUGCUCAAGGGUGUUUAUGUGCAUUAUUGGGCAGUUGACCAGUUUGCGAACACAUAAACAAGUGUGGCGUGAAAAAUGUGUGUGUGUGUUUUUUUUUAAACUGCGGCAGGAAAAGGCCAACAAUGUGUAAUUUGAUUCUAUCCCGUCUAUCAUUUUGUAAUCCACUUAACUUACUAAAAAGCUUUCUGGAUGGAACGGACAGCUGCAAACAUAGCUAGUGAAAGAAAGAUAGGACUGCUGGACUGUUGCAGCUCUGGCAUGUGAAUGUGGUCGCUUAUUAAGAGACGUACGAGAGACGUUUGUUCGCCGAGUAUGCGUGUCUGAUGAACGUAUUUUUUUGUUUUGUUCAGACGAAAUUGACGUGUGCCGUUACGCGUUUGUACAUACCAACACUUGCUGUGCAUAAUAGAAAUGGGAAAAAAGGGAAGAAUAUAAAAAACAAGUAAUGAUAAUUGUAGUAAAAUAAGGUUUUGUUUAUGAUACUUUCCUACUAAACAUCCUACUUACAUUGAUGCCUGUUCCAGCGCGGCACGGCGUGAGAAUAGUGUGGAUGAAGGUGUGUAAAAGACAUUAAAUCGCCUCUCAUUAUAGCUUGUAUGGAAAACCGCAAGGGGUUUUACUGGUCGGAAUUCGAUAUCAACGCAAACAUUUGUGUAACCUCAAUGUAUUUUUCUUGUAAACCUGCUUAUGGUGGAAUAGCCGAUAAAAAACAAUCCGCUUGUAAAGCAUUUGUUCGUAAAGAUGUAUAUUGAGUUUCUGCAGGUGAUGCGUUGAUAUGAAACUCCCCGUUAAACCCUGUAAAUAAUCAAGUCUGUUACACUAACAAGAUGGAAAAAACAAAAACAUAAGAAGGAACUUAUUCAACAUAAGCUUUAGCAGAAAGGAAAAAAGUGCAGGCAAAUGUGUAAAAGAAAUAAACAAAAAAAACAGACAGAGUUAACCUAGGACAUAGGCGAAGGACACUUUUUAGGGAAACAUACAAUAUAAUAAUUAUUCAAUCACACAUCCAACACACACAUUAAUAGCAGCUAACAACAGGUGGGCAAGUGAAUCAGGAAUAUAGAGUAUAUAAAUAACGCAAAUGCAGGUUCAAGCAUCGUGAUGGAACCGCACAUACACUAGGCUUGAACGAUUGUUUGUUGCUCGUGUUGGUAAAGCAACAGUUUGUGUCCUUGUUGUUAGUGUUGAUAGGAGACGUAAUAUCUUUUGGUGGCCGCACAACGGACACCGCAAACUGUGUUCGUGUGUAGUGCGUUUUGUGUAUAGUGAUCCCUACGAAACGAUCUUCCACACAAACCAACAAGUAAUGCCCGUUCCUAGUGCGCCUGAAUGCUGGCGAAUGCGAAAGUUCCAUUCGUGUAGAUGCCAUCCUUAGUGAGGAGCAGUUAAAAGCAAACAAAAAAAAGAAACGGAAAAGAGAGGUUAAAAGUUAAUUAAUAUACCGGAAAGAGAAUGUUCCGGCGGGGAAGAACCGGAAUAUGUAGUUCAAGGCGAAAAUAAGGUGUGGCCACGCCACCGAUCUGGUGUUGUUUUCCGUCCAAAAAAACAAAACAAAACAAAACCCCGAAAAGUAUGAGAAUUAAUGGCAAGAGUGCAAGCAGGGACGAAAUGCGCAUAGGGCUGUAAAAAAAAAGGAAAAAAAACUUCACUCUGUUUAUCCUGCUUAAAAACUACUCUUGUGUGUAAGACAUUUUGAAAAAUAUAAUCAUAAGCGCUAGCAAUUGUUUCUUUUUGUUUAUUCUUUCCGAUUGUGACGAUUUUCGUAUACUUUUCUUUUAGUUUAAUUUUGCUUUAUUAUUUUUUUUUUCUUUGUUUUUCCGUACAUAUUACCUCAUCUGAUGAGUUACGUAAAAUGGAAAGAGGGUACUUAAAAAAAUGAAAACACAGAUGGAACAUAAUGGGCCACCGUUUGCAAUUGCAACGAACCACACACUCACCAUUGGUUAUAUAGAAAGAGCAAUAAGAAAGAGCGAUCCGGGUUUGCAUAUAAUUAUCCUGUGGGUAUUUCAUUUGAGGUAUUUGUACCCUCAUACCCUGUGGUUUGUAUUAUAAGCUAGGGGCAAAGUAAUAGCAGCACCGGGGGGUGAAAAUGGUAAAGAGAGAG